AUGGCUGUAAAUCCUAACGAUUUUCCAACCGCUGACUACUUAGCGGUGAAGAACUCGCGUAACUUUACGGGGAAAGUGGUGUUAGUGACCGGAAGUAGUUCAGGCAUAGGGGAGGGUAUUGUCAAAUUGUUCUCCAUAUUAGGGGCUAAAGUGGUGGUCACCGGUAGGAAAGAGGCUGAUGUCCAUAAAGUUGCUCAAGAAGUACAAGAGCUAUCACCACAAAAACUAAAGCCUUUAGAAGUGACGGCAGAUCUGACCAAAAGGGAAGACGUCGAGAGACUUAUCAAUGAAACCAUCAAAACGUUUGGACAGUUGGAUGUGUUGGUCAACAACGCCGGGAUAUACCCCAGGGAUGAGAUACACGACAAGAAUAUCACUGAAGAGUUUGAUUUGGUGUUUAACAUCGACUUAAGGGCUGUCGUGCAGACCAUUCACACGGCUGUCCCAUACCUCGAGAAGACUAACGGCACUAUCAUUGACAUGUCAGCUGUUCUAGCAAUUGUCCCUGCUCCAUCGGUUUUGAACUACUGUUCCGCGAAAGCGGCGCUAAAUAUGUUGACAGAAGUAUUGGCCCUCGAGUUGGGACCCAAAGGGGUUCGCGUUAAUGCCGUCAGCCCGGCCUUAACAGAAGUGGAA